GUGUGUGGGCCUAUCUAUCUAUUUAUCUAUCUAGGCGGGGCGGCAAAUUAUGAACUUCAGAAAUUAUUGGAGCAAGAGAAACAGAAGGCCAUGCUGAAUGAGCUAGUGGCGAAGCUGACAGACGUGUGUUGGGAUAAGUGCAUCUCGACUCCCGGCAGCAAGCUCUCCUCCGGCGAAGUGUCUUGUCUGACCAAUUGCGCGCAGAGAUUUCUCGAGACCAGUUCCCUCAUCGUGCGCAGAUUUCAGAGUAUACAGCGUUAGGCGCAGCUCAGCUCAACGAGGCCAUCCAUGGAUGGCAUGGAUUGAUGGAUUGAUGGAUUGAUGGAUUGAUGCAUUGCUUAAUUGAUAUAUGAUGGGAUGGAUGAGUUCUCUGGAUUGAUGGAUCGAUGGAUUGAUGCAUUGCUUAAUUGAUAUAUGAUUGGAUGGACGAGUUCUCUAACGAAGCACGGCUGAACGAUUUGAUGAAUGCCCCAUGUAAUUGAUCGGGUGCAGAAGAGGAAGGCAUGUCAAAUAUUGUUUAAGGUAAGGGGGAAGGGGGAAGGAGGUGACGUUGCCUUGCUUUUGUGAUGAACGAGUGAUGAAGAUAUGUGUUUGAAGAGAAGCAGAGCCUGACGGGGUGGGGACAAGGGGAAGCUAACGUUAACAUCCCCCGAACAUAACGUUAGCCCCCCUUUUUGAGGGAGGAAGAGGAAGAAAGAGCCAUAACGAUAGCCCCUUUUUUGUGGGAGGAAGAGGAAGAAAGAGCCAAGGGAGGAAGAGCAAACGCGCCAUCAAAGAGACGGUGUGUGUGGGAUCCAGCAGCAACGUACUUUCGCUUUCUUCCUCACUCCCUCAAUCGUGUGGACUUGAGUGUUCAAUGCAGUGAAUGUUCAUCGAGUCUUCUAUGAGUAUUCUCCCUGGGCCUCUGAUCUGAUCUUUGGCUGCAUUUGCCAAACCUUGGGAUGGUGCGCGGCUGUGGUCACAGUGCCCAACAAAACUCUUCUUUUUUUUUUUCUUUUUCUUUCCUGAAUCCACAUAUGACACAAGAUUGGAUCCUGGUCAUGGGUUCAAAUCCCAAUCCCAAUUCCACUGGGGUGUAAUUUGGAUGGCGCGACUAUGCGGAGGGACUGCUUCUUCUCACGGCGAGCUACUCUCGCCUGGUCUCGUGUUCUGCGAACGAAUUGACCAGCGAGAAAAUAAUAUAAAGAAUUUUUUUGGGAUAUUUUAUUAUUUUCUCGCUGGGCAUGGGGACAAACUUUGCUUCUGUUUGUGAACGUGCGAAGCGAAAAAACAAAUUCAGCAGGAGUAGUUGCAAAGCAGGCGUUGGGUUACCCCCCCCCCCCGAAAAAAAAAGAAAAAAGAAAAAGUUGCCCCGGCUUCAGCCAAUCCUCAGAAUUUUUUUCUGCAUGCAGCUCAAGCAUGACCAGGGUUUCGGUAUUCUCUCCAUGAAACACGUCCAGAUUCAGUCUCCUUAAUGUAGUCUGCAGCCUCCGGUCUGUGCGGGCAUGUCUUUUAAGCAACUGCCGAUUUCAUCUUGGAGCCAGUACUCUUUCCAGCGAAGACAGGCUCUGCCUUUAUGGCGGGAUUGGCAGGGACAGAGAUAGAUACCCUCAUUUUUGUUCCCACUGUGGCUGUGGCUGUGGCAAUGACGGGCUCAUCCCCAGGAGGAAGUGAGAAGAAGAUGGUGGCUGGCACAACAGCCAAUAUCGCGCAGGAUGCCACCGGGGCUGUUGUUUCUGACAUAGAUGAGGACACAGGGAGCGCAGUCAUACCAGUUCCCGACACAGUUGUGAUCUUCGACUUUGACUGGACAAUGAUCGAUGGCAACAGUGAUACAUUUGUUGUGAAACAGCUUGGGGCUAAGGAUGUGCUGGAGGAGAGGGAUAAGUUUGGGUGGACACAGCUUAUGGACAUGGCAAUGAAGGUUUUACGUGCGCGGGGAAAGACAAUAGAGGACAUUCGAACCUGUCUGAGAAGGAUUGAAGUAAAGCCAGCCAUGUCUCGUUCUAUUCGAAAAAUGGCGGCAACACCAGGGUUUGAGAUCCACAUUGUCAGCGAUGCCAACUCCAUGUUUAUCUCAUGUGUAUUGGAGGCCGCUGGGCUGAGCGAUUGCAUAUCAGCAGUGCAUACAAAUCCAGCACACGUGGAUGAAGCGGGAGUCCUAAGGGUGGAGCCAUAUCAGCCUGUGGACAAUCCCCACAGCUGUAGCAUCUGCCCUUCCAAUAUGUGUAAGGGGCUGAUUGUUGCAGGCAUUCGCGAAAACAGAUGUGCGAAGGAUGGCCGGAUUAUUUACCUAGGGGAUGGCAAAGGAGACCUAUGCCCAUGCUUGAGGCUCCAUGAAGGUGAUGCAAUAUUCGCACGAAAGGGGAAAUUUCCCCUCCUUCAACUACUGCGGGAGGAGGAGGGACGUGGUGGCUUGAAGGCAAAGCUGAUAUCCUGGGCGUCGGCGGAUGAUGUAGAGUUAGGGCUAGGCUUGCUUCUUGGCUGGGAUAAGUAGGCAAUUAAGAAAGGGAAGGAGGAGGGGGGG